GAUUUUUGCUAUUAGAAUCGCCCUACCCAAAAGCUUCCGGUUUUGAUUUACGCUGAAAAAAAUGACAAAGUGAAGGCCAGCUUACCAAAAUGUCAACAAUAAACUAUAGCAAGUGGGAUCACAUUGAGAUCUCUGAUGAUGAAGAUGACACUCAUCCAAACAUUGACACUCCAAGUCUCUUCAGAUGGCGUCACCAGGCACGUCUUGAAAGAAUGGAACAACAGAAGAAAGAAAAGGAAGAUUUAAGUAAAGGAUUGACAGACUUUCAGCAGAAAAAAGUAGAAAUUCAACAGAAACUGAAAGAAGCAGAAAAAAACCAAUUACCAGAUAUAAAUACAUUAAAACUUGAGAUGAAAGAAAUAGAACAACAGGAAGCAGAUUGGCGAGCUAAAGAAGAAGAACUGAAGAAAAAAGAGAAGUUGACUCCAUUAAAUAUAGACACUAUUUGUCAUGAUGGAAAAUCAAAAACUAUAAUAAAUAAGAUUGCGCCAAAGGUAGAAGUUUUAACAGAGGAAGAAAAGGCUGAAAGACAGCAAGAAUUUGUAAAGAAGAACAAAGAAAAAGUAAAGAAGUUUGGAAUGUUGAGACAGUAUAAAGAUAGUCAGCAAUAUCUUACGGAUAAUCCAGAGUUAGUUUGUGAAGAAUCGGCAAAUUAUCUCGUCAUCUGGUGUAUUGACUUAGAAAUGGAAGAGAAACAUGAAUUAAUGUCCCAUGUAGCUCAUCAGCUGAUUGUAUUGAACUUUAUCUUAGAAUUGGCAAAAUCCAUGGAUAUCCAUCCAAGAGGAUGUGUGGCACCAUUCUUUAACAGAAUACAAAUGGGAGAAAAACAGUAUAUGGAAGCAUUUAACAGUGAACUAGAUGCUUUUAAAGAAAGAGUUAAAAUUCGAGCCAAAGAAAAACUAGAUAAAGCUAUACAGGAAUAUGAAGAGGAAGAGAGACAGAAAAGAUUAGGACCAGGUGGAUUGGACCCAGUUGAAGUCUUUGAAUCUUUACCACAAAUUUUAAAAGAUUGUUUUGAUAAAAAAGACAUUGCUCUGCUACAAAAAGUGGUGGCUGAAAUGCCACAGGAAGAAGCCUCUUACCACAUCAAAAGAUGUGUGGAUUCUGGUCUGUGGGUGCCAGGGGGUGGAGACCAAAGUACCGUGGGUGAUGAUGAGGGAGAAGAAUAUGAUGAAAUUAAUGAAGGGGCUCUAGAACAGGAGUCAAAGAAAGAAUCUGAGGAUGGAAAAGGAAAUAAGGAACCUGAAAAAGAAAAACCAAAACAAGUCUCUACAGAGGAGGUGGACUGAAUAUAGUUGUCUUAUUUGUUGCUUAAUGAAUUUUUUUUAUUAAUGUAUGUUAUUAUUACAACCUGAGAGAUUUCUGUUCUUUUAGACAUGAAUUACAACUAUUCAAAGCUUUAUGGUUUAUUCUAAGUAUUGUUCCACUUAGAUUACAAUUAGUGUAUAGUUUAUGUACCUGAUUGAACUGAGCAUCCAAUUUGGUGUUGAUAUACUUUAACCUGACUCAACCAGUUUGGUCAUGAGUUAUCAAUGACAAGGGGAAAUGGUUUUGAAUGAGCUAAGUCAACUUUUGUUGUAUCAAUGGGAUUAACUUACCUUUGUUUUCUCAAAGAUAGACACUCAUUUGUCUGGUUAUUGUAUCAAUUGAAAUGGUAACUUAAAUGAAUUGAAACCUUAGUGACUCCACAGUUUUCCAUGACUCAUACCCAUUAAAUUUUGAAUUCAGUUGUUGAUAGCUAAACAUAAUUGAAGUAUAAAACUUGAACAGUCAAAAGAGGAAGACAAAGAAAGAGUCUAUUAAAAACAAAUUUAAAAUUAGUAAAAGUAAAUCUAUUAUUAAAAACAAAUUCCCUUUUUUUAAAUUGUUUUUGUUUACUUCUUAGGUUUAAACAAUGCAAUGUUCUCAUUAGUGUUCAUAUUAGUUUUUGUAUGGAAUUAUGAUAUGUUAUUUUAUAUAUCACUAACUAGAUGAAGAAUUUAUUGUUUUUAAAAUACACUUCAUCUCAGUAUUGAAAGAAAUUGCUAUAAUAGAUAAUGAUGCUCCAAAGUAGUUUAGUGGAGUAUUUAGAAGAGUUCAUUCAUAUGCAUUAUAAAUAUUGUUAUUUGAUCUUAUAAUUUCAGAUUUAAGAACAAAAAGUUGUCAGGCCAUUGUCAUUUACUAUCUGAUAAAUAAAAAAGCUUUAAGGCGUUAUCAUUUAA